AUGGAGCCAAGGCACCUGUGGCAAUGCCCGGGCGCUUUUGAAGGGGAGCGGGAGGGGGACGUCGUCAGGCUGGGGACACUGGCGGGGAAGGAAAUGGACGUCGGUGGCUUGCAUCUGCGUCGCGCGUGGGACGGCGGGCGCCUGAGUCACCCCGUCACUGGGCGAGGAGGGGUCAAGCUCCUGCACCCCGUCGCCGUCGACUCCAUAAAAUUCGAGCGCCUGGACGACCCCACCGUGUCGGACUACAGCCGGCAGCCCUCCCAGUGGUCCAGGCUGCACGAUGCGGCGAUCCAAAACGUGACGGAGGACCCGGACAAUUUCAACAUCCGUGCCCUGCCCAAUCGCGGCUACGGCUUCCCUGGGGCCCUCGUCCUGGACGUGGACAACGACGGCGACCUGGACAUUUUUGUGCCUUCGGGCCCGGGGCAGGAACAUGCGCUGUUCAUGAAUCAGCUGUCAGAGACCGGGGAGUUGAAUUUCACGACGACUUGCGGGAGGGGCUCCUGCGCGUCCAAGUGGCGGGUGGGCUUCCCCGACCUGGACGGCAAUGGGGUGUGUGCUGGGGACGUCGACAACGACGGAGACCAGGACAUCGUCAUCCUGAACUUCGGCGCCCCUUGGCAGCUACUGCGCAAUGACGGUAGCCAAUUUACAGAAGUCCCCAUACCCCAAGAAAAUGUCACCAGCGGGACGGCCCCAUCAUCUUGCACCUUUGGGGAUGUGGACGGCGACGGUCUCGUGGACCUGUUGGUCACUUUCAUACCAAACUUCCCAGUCGACUUCACACGCGCCGCCUUCGAUGUGUCCUUCGAUCUGAACAAGCGCAGCAGGCUCUUCAUGAACAAGGGCCCCGACGCAGAGGAGCACUUUGUUGACGAGACGGAGGACCGGGGCUUCGCCGGCACGCCCUCCAACAUCACUUGGUCGGCGGCGUUCAUUGACUUUGAUUUUGAUGGCGACGUUGACCUGUUCCUCUUCGACAACGAGGGGCCGCCCAAUCCGGAGCUGGGAGAACGAGGCUUCGUGCACGUAUGGCGAAACGACGGCACCGGAAAUUUCGGCAUUGUGCACCCCGAUGAGACCAACAUCGACGCGGGAGGCAACAGGGGCCACGCAUUUGGCGACUUCAACUGCGAUGGGCAGCUCGACUUCUUCGCCACACGCCAGGGAGCCUUCGCCGGCAACAUUUUCCACAUCAUCGUGCGCGGCAUCUUGGGUGCGCCGCCAGAGACGCGCAACGUGUCCACCAUCGCCACCGGGGCCAACCCGCUGUGGUUCUACGGCAGCGAGACUGGGAGGUUCACGGAAGCCGCCGCGCCGCAGGACCCCGACGGAAACACGCUGUACCUGCCCAUGGGGUGGGGCGUCGCAGGGUUCGACAUGGAGAACGACGGCGACCAGGACCUGGCGUUCGCGGGCGGGCUCACCCUGUUCGCAGUGCAGCUUCCGGGAUCGGGCGCGGUACUUGAGAACCUGGGAUGCAACGGCACCUUCAGGCGGUCCGAGGCGCUGGAGCCGGGGGCGUACAACGACUACAUCACGAGCGGCCUGUCGUCGGGGGACCUCAACGCCGACGGGUUCAUGGAUUUUGUGGUCGUCGCAGGCUCCUCCAUCCCCGACAACGGCGACGGUUCCACCGCCCUGCGCACCUACCGGUCGAUCUUCAAUGCCACCCAAAACGAGGAGCUGUCGAAGAGCCCGUUCUUCGAGGAGGCGCAGUACUACCCCACCUUCGUCGAUCCAGACAACAUCACGCUGGCCUGGGCCGGAGCGCGUGACGCCGACGGCGAGCCAAUCCCCAACGGCGACGGGGGACUGCUGAUCGAAAUAAAUGACGCGGACUCUGACAACAACUGGGUGAAGGUCAAGCCGCGAGGGUCCAUUGGGGAUCUCGAGGACGGUCGCGUGAACAGGGACGGCACGGGGGCGAUGCUUUUCUUCACUCCGGAGGGCGGCAAAACUGUGAUGGUGCCCCACGCGACGGGCCACAUCCACGGGGCGCACGAUAAGGCCCACAUCUUCGGCCUCGGUGAAGCCACUGAGGGCCAGAUCACCGUUUUGUGGCCCGGCAACGUGUACAACACGUUGAAGGUGUUCGCCAACGAGGUAGUGGUGCUGGCGGAGGUGCCCUGCGACUGCCGGACAGCGGAACAGGACAACGGCGGAUAUGAGGCCUGCCUGCUGAACAGCGUGGACAACUUGAAACGCCGCGGCGUCAUCGACGAUGCCAUGCGUGAGCGCAUGUUCGAUUCCAUGGUCGAAGGCUGCCCGUGA